AGUAUUCCUGGGGGAAUGUUUAAACCUUUCAGCCUGAUGUGGGCAGGGCAGGAGGAGGGCUAGGACGUCAGGAUGGAACCUGAAGGCCUGUAAGGACCUCAAGCCACGGCUUGGAAUCCAAGGAAGACGAACAAGCGAUUAGACGAAGGCAGGGCGGUGAGGGUCAAAGGCGCAUGCCCGGUGAUAGCAGGUGCAGGGGGGCGCGCCGCCGCCGCCGCCGCCGCCGCCGCCGGCGGGCCUCCCCUUUAAGAGCCGCCGCCGCCCACGGCCCGCCGCUGCGGCAGGGACCUCCCCUUUAACCGCGGCUGCUCGGCACUUCGCGGCCCCCGCGGCGGCUGCUGCUGCGGCUGCUGCUGCUAUUGCGGCUCCUGCUGCCGCAGCCGCUCGACCUCCGGCACCUGCAUCCUCCGCUCGGGCCGGGUCCCCGCCUCGCGCCCCGCCCGGCCCCGCCAUGGUGUCCUGGAUCAUCUCUCGCCUGGUGGUGGACUGACUGAUGCAGAGCUGGGAGGGAGAGGCCACUGCUCUUGGCCGAGGGGACCAGUAACCAUGCCUGCCUCCCUAGGCUCAUCUUUGGCACCUUGUACCCAGCCUAUUCUUCCUACAAGGCCGUGAAGACAAAAAACGUGAAGGAAUAUGUGAAAUGGAUGAUGUACUGGAUCGUCUUUGCCUUCUUCACCACGGCUGAGACACUCACGGAUAUUGUGCUUUCCUGGUUCCCCUUCUACUUUGAGCUCAAGAUCGCCUUUGUGAUAUGGCUGCUGUCCCCUUAUACCAAGGGCUCCAGCGUGCUCUACCGCAAGUUCGUGCACCCGACACUGUCCAACAAGGAGAAGGAAAUCGACGAGUACAUCACACAGGCCCGAGACAAGAGCUAUGAGACCAUGAUGAGAGUGGGCAAGAGAGGCCUGAACCUGGCUGCCAAUGCUGCAGUCACCGCUGCUGCCAAGGGCCAGGGGGUGCUAUCAGAGAAGCUCCGAAGCUUCAGCAUGCAGGACCUGACCCUGAUCCGGGACGAGGAUGCACUGCCCCUGCAGGGGCCUGACAGCCGUCUCCGACCCAAUCCUGGCAGCCUCCUGGAUACCAUUGAGGACUUAGGAGAUGACCCUGCCCUGAAUUUAAGAUCUAGCACAAACCAGGCAGAUCCCCGGACAGAGACCUCUGAAGAUGAUAUGGGAGACAAGGCCCCUAAGAGGGUCAAACCUGUCAAAAAAGUGCCCAAAGCUGAGCCACUGGCUUCCAAGACACUGAAGACCCGGCCCAAGAAGAAGACCUCUGGUGGGGGUGACUUGGCUUGAGGUUCUGACCCCCCGGAGGCUGCACACUGUGCCAGUAACCCACACGCCUCCAGCCCCAGGGCCCCUCAGAUGGCUGUUUCUGGUGCCUGCCCAGUGACCACUCCUCUGGAAGGGCUUGGAAAAGAGGAGGGAGGCCCUGCUAUGGGGGUGGAGGGUAGAGGCUGGAGGAGUUACUGAAGACUGAGCCCCCCAAGGAGGCGGGGGCUCCUUAGAGCCCAAACUGCUAUUCUCCCUGCUCCAGUCCUGCUCCCACCCACCCAGUGCCUUGCUGAAGACCAUGGCCAUCCCCUUUUCUGAGGUCCUAAUAUGCCCACACUGCUCUCUCUGGGCUGGGGGAGCAGUCACAGCCCAGACUGACCAGAGAUGGGCCUGAAGGCACCUGGGAGACAGGGAGGGAGAGAGGAAGGCUUCAGAGAACUUGUGGCACAGGCCACAGAUGUGAAUGGAGGACAGGGGCUUAGCAUGUACUUAAAUGACCAGGAUGAUGAGGCCAGAGCUGCAGCUGGGGGCAUUGGAUAGGGCUGUGUGCUACAUGUCCCCACUAAAAAGAAGUGGGGUCCUAGGGGUGUGAGUGUAUGUGUGUGUGUGUGUGUGUGUGUGUGUGUGUAUCUUUCUAGGUCUAGGGCUGGGGAGAUUUUGAGUAAAGGACUUUCCUGCCAGCAGUGACCAUCCCCCACCCUAAGCCCCACAGCUAGCUGGCCCUUCCCUGCUUUCAGCCCUCCCUCCUACUCUCAGAGCCUCAGAGGAGCUCAGCCCAAGAGAGGAUGAGGCUCUGAAGGCCUCUUAUCUCCUCCUCUGCCCUUGAUACCCUUUUGCUUCCUCCCAUUCCUGCCCUGCCCCUGGGCUGGGCUCCUCUACCCCUCAGGGCCCAUUGUAGAGGGCCCUGCUGAGCCAGCUCCUUUCCUCCUCACCUGGGGGCCCAUCUUCCUUUUCUCCAGACUCCUUUUCCUGUGCCAAGCAAACUGAGCCCAUGUAAGCAGGCAGACCCUUAUUAGCCCAGCCUUUGCCCCACACUCUACCCCAGCUUCUGCCGUGGCUUCAGGAGGAAUGUGUGAAGAAGAAAAGAAAUAUUGGAGCCAAAGUGCUUCCAAUUCUAUGAAAAGAGGGUGCCCAUUGGACCUUUGGCACUGGAUGAGCCAAUAAACCAAAUUCUGGCACCUCAUGUA